ACUUUGCUUCCUCCCAUCGCUCUAUCACACAUUGCUAUCCAUAUUCUAUUCUUUUACCACCAUUUCUCGCACCUCUACACUGGCGUCUCAUCAUCUUCACCCCAAACAUACCAUACCGCAACCUAGUCAAUCAAUCAUGUCGACUGCAACCUCAACUUCAACAGCACUGAAGAGACUUUUGGAUCUCACACAUUCGAAUCAAACACAUCCGACCCCGACCGUUCACCUGCUACGAGCCCUAAGCUUUGUUGCUCUGCCCACGUGGCCAGCCAGUCGAUCCCAUGCUCGACACCGCCUCGAAGAUGGGAAACUGCAGAUGUAUAUCGGAUACAGGGUGUCCAUGAGGUGA